AUGAUUGAAUUGCAAGAGACUAAUCCAAAAGAGGAAAUCGAUUUUGGGUAAGGAUUGCAUCACUAUUUGAUAGAUAAUCCACCUUGGAAUAUUAGGGUGAGUAUGAUGAUCAAUAUAAACUAACAGCAAUCUAUUAUAGGAUCAACAAAUGCAAAUAGAUCAUUUAUUAUGUUUUGCUAAUUCUAACUCUUGGAUUAUUGUAUUUAUUUCAAAGAUGGUUUAUAAAUUUGAGAUUGUUUCUAUUGUAAGCUUAAAUCAUGUAAAAAGAUUUGAAAAAUGUGAAUUUGGUACAAUGACACAUGUUUUAGUGAUCAAGACCAAAAACAUAAUUCCAAUUGCAGAUGAUCAAUUGUGUGAAGUUACCGUUGUGUAGGAUCAUCCCUUCUCUAAAAAUGCUAGAGUCUUCAAUUAUGAACUUAGCGAUUACUACAUUGAUACAUAUACAAAAGCAUUGGUUUAGAUGAGAAACUCAUUCUCUCAGUACACACAAGAACGGAUCUGCAAUAUGAAAGGCCUCUCAGAGUUGACCACUGUUUAUGGAGACAAUAUUAUGGAAAUACCAAUCAAACCAAUUCCACUCCUCCUACUUGAUGAAAUAUUAACACCCUUCAAUAUCUUUUAAUUUAGUGCUUUGGCAUUGUGGGCUUACGAUGACUAUUUAAAUUACUCUCUCUUCAUUUUAGCAAUUACAAUCAUUUAAAUUGGAAUCGAACUGAGAGAUGUAAGAUAAAAUUUAUUAAAAAUCUAAAAAAUGAUUAGAUACAACGUAGAUGUUAAAGUAAUUAGAAAUAAUACUUAAGUAACCAUUCAAUCAAAAUAAUUGAUCCCAGGUGAUCUAUUAAUAAUUGAAGGUCAUACUAAACUUAGUUGUGAUUGUAUCCUAAUUGAAGGAAAUUGUGUCAUGAAUGAGGCUGUCUUGACAGGGGAGAGUGUGCCAAUUAACAAGUCUAGUUUGGAAAAGAAUGAAUUAAUAUUUUAAUAGAAAGGAAAUGAAAAUAAAAUGUUAUUUUGUGGUACUACUUGUCUAAGAAGUUAUUCACAAAACGGUGAACUUGCUAAAGCUAUUGUUUAUCAAACUGGAUUCCAAACAUUAAAAGGCAGUCUGGCUAGAUCAAUAAUGUUCAAUAGAACUCAAACCUUUAGCUUUUAUAGAGACUCCUUAAGAUAUCUAUUUGUAUUAGCCACUUUAGGAUUGAUAUAAGCAAAUAUUACAAUUAUGAUAAGUGGUGCUCAAGGGGUUGCUCUUGGAGAGAGCAUAAUAAAUGCAUUAGAAAUCAUAACUAUAAUAGUUCCUGCCACAUUACCCACUGCUUUAGGAGCUGGUAUCAGUCUUGCUUUGAAGAGGUUGGAGGACAAAUGUAUUUAGUGCGUAAAACCUGACAAGAUCAAUGUGGCUAGCAAAGUUAAUUUAGUAGCCUUUGAUAAAACAGGCACACUUACUGAAUUAGGACUUGAUGUUUUAGGAUGUAGAGAAAUUAAGGACAUUGGGUUCAAUAAACUAUAGAUGAUUAAAGAUGUGAGCGAACAGUUUAAUGAGUGCAUGGGCAUUUGCCAUUCAUUAUCAAUAAUAAAUAAUGAGAUUAUGGGAGAUCCAAUUGAUCUCUGUAUGUUUUAAGAGACAGGAUGGGAGUUAGUGGAGGAGAGUAAAAUAAGGAAAGGAGGGAAAGAGGUAUCAGCGUUAAAGAGAUUUGAUUUCUAAGCAGAGUUAUAAAGAAUGUCAGUCAUAACAAAUCAAAAUAUAUUAUAUUGUAAAGGAUCGCCUGAAUAGAUUAAGACCAUCUGUGCCAAUGUUCCUACUAAUUACAAUAUUAUGUUGUAAAGGUACAGUAGUUAGGGAUUCAGAAUAAUCGCUUGUUGCUUUAGAGAUGUUUCACAUUUGAAUAUGCAAUAGUUGCAUAAGAGAGAGAUCUAUGAACAGAAUAUGAUGUUCUUAGGAUUUCUGAUUUUUGAAAACAAAUUAAAAGCAGAAACUCAGGCUACAAUACUGAGUUUAAAGCAGUGCAACAUCAGGUCUAUUAUGGUGACAGGUGAUAAUCCAUACACUGCCAUUAACAUAGGGUUAUAGUGCAAUAUUUUAGAUCAAAAUAGUAGAAUCUUUUUGGGAUCCCUAAAUGACGGAGUGCUAUAAUGGAAUGAGAUUAUGUAAUUGAAAACAGAUAAAGCUGAUGAGAAUAGAAGUUGUUAUAGUUUAGAUUCACAACAAGUACAGAAUAUAGAAACCAAUGAAAUUAUGAAGUUGAGUUGUCACUUUUAAUUAGCAAUAACUGGGUAAGUUUUUGAACAUUUGUAAUACUAAUAUGCUGCAUUAUUGGAUAAUCAACAAUUGAUAUUGAAUCUAUUAUAAAAAACGUACAUUUACUCAAGAAUGAAGCCUAACAACAAAGGAGACCUUAUGCUGCUUUUGAGACAAGACAUUUUGAACUUUAUUGCUUUUUGUGGAGAUGGCACUAAUGACACUUGUGCUUUGAGAUAGGCAGAUGUUGGUUUAGCUUUGUCAUUGGAGGAUGCUUCUUUGGCAUCACCAUUUACAAGCACUAUUUUCAACAUUUCAAACAUUAUCAAUUUAAUUAAGGAAGGAAGAGCUUGCUUAGUUACGUGUGUAGAAUGUUUCAAAUUUAUGACUUUGUACUCAUGCAUUUAAUCUGUUGCUGUAUUGUAAUGCUAUUUUUAUGAUACCGACUUCACUUAAGUCUAAUAUCUUUAUUAAGAUCUCUGGUUGAUAAUCCCACUAGCAUUUACGAUGGAUUUAACUAAAUCAUAUCACAAAUUGGCCAAUUAUAGACCAAUAAGCAAUUUGAUCUCGUUGCCAGUCCUAUCUUCUGUCUGUGUCAUUGUUUUCAUGUCCUUCCUUGCUUAAAUCAUUAUGCAUCAAAUACUGAAAAAUUAAGAAUUCUAUCAAUAGAUCAAAAUAGAACUGGUUAAUAAAGACUAUUACAUGCAGCCCAAUUAUAUCAAUUCGAUACUUCUUAUAACUUCCAGCACUGAAAUCUUGGCUGUGGCCAUAGCAUACACUUAGGGACCCCCAUUUAGAUAGUCCAUUCUCAAGAAUAUCUAUUAUAUGAUAGUGAUAUGUUUUGGGAUAGCCGGAUAAAUCAUAUUAAUAUUCUUCCCAAAUUUAAUUGGAUUCUUAAGUUUAGAGGUUGAAUUCCCGACAGAUUUCAAAAUUUAUAUACUAAUUGUAAACAUAAUAGUUGGAAUUUCAAUUAUAUUGUAUGAGAAACUUGUAACUGCCAAAAUGAACUAGAAGUACGCAGAAGUAGAAAUUAAUCUAGGAAAUCAAAAUUGA